AUAAAUAACUGCUGGACAGAACACUGACAACUUCAAGCAAGAUGAAGUUCCUUCUGCUGCUCUCACUCGUCGGGUUCUGCUGGGCGCAAUAUGACCCCCACACUCAGUACGGCCGGACGUCCAUUGUCCACCUGUUUGAGUGGCGCUGGGUUGAUAUUGCCAAGGAAUGUGAGCGAUACUUAGGUCCCAAAGGAUUUGGAGGGGUCCAGGUCUCUCCACCUAAUGAAAAUGUUGUAAUUCACAACCCUUCAAGGCCCUGGUAUGAAAGAUAUCAACCAAUUAGCUACAAAAUCUGCACAAGGUCUGGAAAUGAAAACGAAUUCAGAGACAUGGUGACGAGGUGCAACAACGUUGGUGUCCGCAUUUAUGUGGAUGCCGUCAUCAAUCACAUGUGCAGCACAGGCAACGCUGCAGGAACAAGCAGCACGUGUGGCAGUUACUACAACCCUAACAACAGGGACUUUCCAGCAGUUCCGUACUCUGGCUGGGAUUUUAACGAUGGCAAAUGCAAUGGAGGAAUUAAUAACUAUAACGACGCUAAUCAGGUCAGAAAUUGUCAUCUUUUAGGCCUUCUGGAUCUUGCCCUUGAGAAAGAUUAUGUUCGCACCACGAUUGCUGACUAUAUGAACAAUCUCAUUGAUAUUGGUGUGGCAGGGUUCAGACUUGAUGCUGCUAAGCACAUGUGGCCUGGAGACAUAAAGGCAAUUCUGAAUAAACUGCAUAAUCUAAAUACAAAAUGGUUCUCUCAAGGAAGUAGACCUUUCAUUUUUCAAGAGGUUAUUGAUCUGGGUAAUGAGGCAAUUAAAAGCAAUGAGUACUUUGGAAAUGGCCGUGUGACAGAAUUCAAGUUUGGAGCAAAACUGGGCACAGUUAUCCGCAAGUGGAAUGGAGAGAAGAUGGCGUACUUGAAGAACUGGGGAGAAGGUUGGGGUAUGAUGCCUACCGACAGAGCCCUUGUCUUUGUGGAUAACCAUGAUAACCAGAGAGGACAUGGGGCUGGAGGAGCAUCCAUUCUGACAUUCUGGGAUGCUAGACUGUAUAAAAUGGCUGUUGGAUUCAUGCUGGCUCAUCCAUAUGGUUUCACACGAGUCAUGUCAAGUUACCGUUGGGAUAGACGUUUUGAGAAUGGAAAAGAUGUUAAUGAUUGGAUUGGACCACCAAAUAACAACGGUGCCAUCAAAGAAGUGACCAUUAAUGCAGAUACCACUUGUGGAAACGGCUGGGUGUGUGAACAUCGGUGGCGGCAAAUCAGGAACAUGGUUGCCUUCAGAAAUGUAGUUCAAAGCCAGCCAUUUGCAAACUGGUGGGACAAUGGCAGCAACCAAGUAGCUUUUGGAAGAGGAAACAGAGGCUUCAUUGUCUUUAACAAUGAUGACUGGUCUCUGUCAGCAAGGUUACAGACUGGUCUUCCUGCUGGCACAUACUGUGAUGUCAUUUCUGGAGACAAAAUCAAUGGCAGUUGCACAGGAAUUAAAGUCCAGGUUUCCGGGGAUGGAACGGCUCAGUUUUCCAUAAGUAAUUCUGCUGAGGACCCAUUUAUUGCCAUCCAUGCUGAAUCAAAAUUAUAA